AUGGAGUUACCGGACACGCACGUCCUCUCUCACGGCUUAGUCUUCCACGUUUUACUCUUACUCCUCCAAUUGCUUCCUCUCGUGACUGUCGUCGACACGAACUUGAACAUCGUAUUAACCGCCACGUUAAGCGUGAUCGCGGGCUCGUACCGAUCCAUUCGACCGGUUCAAAAAGGCGAGACGGAAACGAUGACGAAAGCGGACGCGCAAAAGUUCCCCUUGGUUGGUUCCUGCGUGUUGUUCGGGAUGUUUCUUUUGUUCAAGUAUUUACCAAAAGACGUACUCAACGGGUUGUUGACGGUGUAUUUCGUGUUUUUAGGCGCGAUGGCGAUAUGCGCGACGUUUACGCCGUUGUUCGCGAAGAUGAUGCCGAAGAGAGUCGCGUUAAAGCGGGUAUAUUUUGGAACGAUUCCAACGAUUAAAUAUAUCAACGAAGAAGGGCCGUACGAGGUGUCGUUUGACGUCGCGGAAUUGACCACGGGAGCGGCGGCGAUUGCGUUUUGCAAGUGGUAUUACGAUACUAAACAUUUCUUGGCGAAUAACGUGCUGGGUUUGAGCUUUGCGUUGCAAGGGAUUGAGUUUUUGACGUUAGAUUCGAUUCAAAUUGGGGUUAUUUUAUUGGUUGGCUUGUUUUUUUACGAUAUCUUUUGGGUGUUCUUUACGCCGGUGAUGGUCUCGGUGGCGAAAUCGUUCGACGCGCCGAUUAAGUUGUUGUUUCCGCGAGGACCGGUGAACGUGUUGGAUUCCAGUAAACGACCGUUUUCUAUGCUCGGGUUGGGAGAUAUUGUAAUCCCAGGGCUCUAUUUAGCCUUGAUUUUAAGAAUGGACAUGCAACGCAAAGAGGCGGCGAAUCGACCGAGAACGAGAUCGAAAGCGAGAGAGUUGAAAAAGAAACCGCCGCCGAUGUACUUUUGGGCAGUCGCGUUAGGGUACGCGCUCGGUUUAGUGACUACAAUCGCCGUGAUGAAUAUCUUCGAAGCCGCGCAGCCGGCUUUGUUGUACAUCGUGCCUGGUUUGUUACUCACCACGUUCAUCCGCGCCGUGUUCGCCGGGGAAGUCCGGAAGGUGUUUUACUUUGACGAGAAAGUCGGGAGCGUGAGCGGAGAAAUCGCCGUCGAGUCGUCGCAGCACGAGGAUUAA